AUGGCAACGAAGGAUGGUACAUUCGAGGAUAACUUUGCUCGGCGGAUGCCUUUGGAAAUCAAGCACAUGGUCUUCAAAUGGACAGUAAGCGGCAACGGCGACAAAGGCGGCAUCACGGAAAUCGAGGUCGAACUUGCGCAUGACAACAAACAGUCGCUCAAGUCACCAGCUCUAGACCUUCUGGCAACACUAGCGCGGUGGUAUCCAGCAGAUGUCCACAAGGAAGCAGUGGGGUAUCUUACCUCACCAUUAUUUCGGUGGGUGUUCAUCAGCGACAAGGAGCCGCAUCACUCUCUCCUCGCUGUCUUCCGCAAACAAAUUUCAACCCGUAUUCGAAAGCGCAUCAAGCAUGUCUACUUGCGAAAACUACGGGUAUCAAGUCUUAUCCACAAAGCAGAGUUUCCCAUAACGAAUGGAGAUUUGGAGUCGUUGGAACUUCCUCAAGUCUCAGAUUACUCUGAUUAUCUCCGACGUAUCGACAAGGAUGGAACACGCAAUCUAUCCGAUGUCCGUCUAGCGGUCCUCGAAGAAAUCUUGGAAGGCAUGCUCUUAUUGCCGCGCGCACUACCAUCCAUCACAAAAUUCGAUGUCGGUCUUGACAUCUUUGAUUGCCUACUCGAAGUCCAACACUUUGAGCAAAGCCUUUCCUCGCUGAUCGACGAACUACAAGCUGAUCCACAGGAUCUGUCUUUAUACGCCGCAUAUUCUAUCGCCAUUUGGCCAUUCAAGAGGCUGAGAGGAGUAUCUAACAUCAACAUACAAGUUGUCUGGGACAAUCACUUUGGGCAGGAAGCCGACUUAGGCGCAACAGACGAAGAAAAGGAAAAGCUUCAGGAUAUUUUUGUCACGUUCAUGCGCAGGCAGAUUCCUGCAAAGUCCAUCACGAGCUAUGUUCAGAAGUAG